AUGCCUUUUGCACCAUCUGGCUACCAAUUUUUCCGCAACGUCAAAGACUUUGGGGCAAUGGGCGACGGUGUGACUGAUGAUACUGCAGCCAUCAAUCGUGCAGCUGCAACAUAUGGUGCCGGGUCAUCGACGCUACGCUGCGGGAAAGACUGUGGUUCCACAACGACCAUGGGUGCACUUGUCUACUUUCCCCCAGGGACUUACCUGAUCAGCUCGCCAAUCAUCCAGUACUACUACACGCAGUUUGUGGGCGAUCCGACGUCGAAACCAGUGAUCAAGGGAUCGCAGAACUUUACUGGCAUUGCGUUGAUAGAUUCGGAUUUCUACAUUCCCGGCGGUAACGGAGCGGAGUGGUACAUCAAUCAAAGUAACUUUUACAGGCAGAUCAGGAAUUUUGUGUUCGAUAUGACUGCUCAGAACUGGACGAAUACCGAUAACGACCAACUUUAUGUUCCUGCUGGCGUGCACUGGCAAGUCGGUCAGGCGACCAGCAUCACCUACUGCGACUUCAAGAUGGCCGUGUCUUCCGGCUCACAAAGUGCUACAGCUGUUGGAAUAUACAUGGAGAACGGGAGCGGAGGCUUCGUGUCUGACUUGACAUUCACUGGAGGUAACAUUGGCUUCUUGGCAGGUAGUCAACAAUUCACCGCGAACAACCUCCAGUUCACUUCUUGUCUGACCGCCAUUAAACAGCAAUGGAACUGGGGCUUUGUGUGGAAGAACAUAUAUGUGUUGUCGUGCUACGUUGCGAUAGACUGCACAGCUUACUCGGGUGUCACGAAUCAAGGCACUGGCUCGAUAUCCGUCGUCGACUCUCACUUCAAUGGCGUUCCCUAUGCGAUCACUCUAGGAUCCAAGGGUGAUCAACAGCCUAAUAUUGUCUUAGACAAUCUGCUCGUCGAGAACUCACAAUCCGUCGUGCUAGUAUCUGGUGGAGCUACGGUUCUUGCAGGUUCCUCAGGUCCAUUAUACUUCAACUCAUGGGCAAGUGGGUUCCAGACCCUUCCUGGUGCUACAGGCCGCAAGGCAUCUGGUUUUGUCAAUCCCGCUCCCAAUAAGCCAGCUGCGCUGUUGGAUGGAGGUGGCGCUUACUUCACUCGCUCCAAGCCACAGUAUGUCGGCGCGAGUCCGAUCGUUGCCACAUCUCGCGGGAUCUCCAACGACGGUACUGGCGAUCAAACCAAUGCGAUCAACAGCCUUCUUUCUGGUAAUGUUGGCUCUGUGAUAUUCUUCCCUGCUGGCGUGUACUUGGUACAAGGUACUGUCAAGAUUCCCGUUGGCAGCAAGAUCAUAGGCUCAGGAUGGAGUCAGAUCAUGGGUACAGGCUCGUACUUCCAGGACGCCAGCAACCCGAAGGUCAUGGUACAGGUAGGUAGUACAGGGGACUCUGGAGUCAUCGAGAUAUCCGACAUGCUCUUCACUGUCAAGGGGCCUACCGCUGGCUGUAUACUGAUGGAGUGGAACGUACACGAGAGUAGCCAAGGCAGUGCCGCGAUGUGGGACAGUCACUUCCGUGUAGGUGGUGCUGCCGGAUCCAAUCUUCAGCUUUCGGACUGCCCUACAGGGAGUGGCUCCGUCAAGACUUCAUGCAUGGCAGCAUCCCUCUUGUUUCACAUAACCAGCAGGUCAUCCGGCUACUUCGAGAACGUUUGGACUCAAGAAGGCAUUCCGUUCAACGUGUUCACAGACAUCUCGGUAUACACAGGUCGUGGUGUUCUGAUCGAGUCACAAGGUCCUACUUGGCUGUAUGGCACCGCGAGUGAACACUCUCAGCUCUAUCAAUACCAGCUCACCAAUGCUUCUACCAUCUACCUCGGACACAUGCAGACGGAGACACCAUACUACCAGCCCGGUCCAAAUGCCUUGUCACCGUACAAAAUUGGACAGUUCUUGUCAGAUCCUACCUUCGACAAUUGUGCAGACGACUCGUGCCGAACUGCUUGGGCUUUACGAGUGGUCGAAUCGAAGGACAUCUUCAUCUACUCAGCCGGUUUCUAUUCGUUCUUCCAAAACAAUCAACUUGGGUGCGCUCUCCAGGACAACUGUUAG